AUUUCUCUCUCUCCCUGUCUCUCCCUCCCCCUUCUUAAUUUAAAAACAUUUGCUGCGUGUUGCUUCAUUGUAAGCGAUAUGGUCUUGUAUUUGACUCUCCAGUCGAGAGACUGGCAGUUGGUGUUAGGGCCUCUGACAGAAGUGCCUUGCUUGAAGCGUGUAGCUGUGUGGACCUUCUAGACCACACCAGGAGCCCAAGGACUGCCAUCCCUGCCAGCUGAACCUUCAGAUCCCUGGUCCCUGGUGGUUCCCCCAUCCUACCCAUAAUCCCUGCCAGCUGAACCUACUGAUCCCUGGUCCCUGGUGGUGCCCCCAUCCUACCCAUAAUCCUUUCCUGCCACGUCUACCACCUCUCUGGAACUGUCUCGGCUCCCUUGUAGCCUGACUGUGACAACACAUAGGAUUUUCUUCCUUCUGUGUGGGUGAGAGGGGACUGUCCUCCCGCUGUCCCUCCCUCCACUCCGCCCCCUGCUACCUGCUCCCUCGGCACAACAUGGGCCAACACGAUCAAUAAUGUGUUUCGCCAUCCAUCUCGCCUGAUAGUUCAGCUGAGGAAAGUGAGAGAGAGAGGAGUACAGAAGUUGGAACCACCUGUACAAAGCAAGCUUUCGUCAGUGCCACCAGCCCAGUGUCAGGCACUGGAGGAAUCUCAUCAGCCCCAGUAACAGGUUCUUAGGAUGGGCAAUAGAUCCUAGCAGAGGUCCUGGCUCACAUCCAAAAACAGGCCUCGGAUAGAAAACACCUUCUGAUUGUCUUGUUUCAUUUUGAUUUCUCUCAGUGGCAUUAGAAACAAACUUUCAUCACACAUUCUGAGACAUCACAUUCUGCCUGGAUAUCCGUCGCUCUUAAUCGGCUACUUCUGCCUGGUUCAAAAUGGCGGUAAACCUGACACCUAUUAGGGACACAAAAUGGCUGACUCUGGAGGUGUGUCGUGAGUUCCAGAGAGGGACGUGCUCGCGACCGGACAGCGAGUGUAAGUUUGCCCACCCUGCCAAGAGCUGUCAGGUGGAGAAUGGACGAGUCAUCGCCUGCUUUGACUCCCUCAAGGGUCGUUGUUCCAGGGAGAACUGUAAGUACCUACACCCUCCUCCCCACCUGAAGACCCAGCUGGAGAUCAACGGCAGGAACAACCUGAUCCAACAGAAGAACAUGGCCAUGUUGGCACAACAGAUGCAGCUGGCCAACGCCAUGAUGCCCGGCACACAGCUACAGACUACAUGUAUGCCGGUCCCCAUGUUCUCUGUGACGCCCAGCCUUGCCUCUAAUGCCAGUGCUGUCGUGGCCGCUGCAUUUAACCCCUACCUGGGCCCGGUGUCGCCCGGCCUGAUGCCUACUGAGAUCAUGUCCAGCACCCCGGUCCUGGUGACCAGUAACCCCAACGUCUCCAUGCCCUCUGCUGCUGCUGCUGCCGCUGCACAGAAACUCAUGAGGACAGACAGACUGGAGGUGUGUCGGGAGUACCAGAGAGGUAACUGUACGCGGGGGGAGAAUGACUGUCGCUUCGCCCACCCCUCAGACAGCACCAUGAUAGACACCAACGACAACACCGUGACCGUGUGUAUGGACUACAUAAAGGGCCGCUGCUCCAGGGAGAAGUGUAAAUACUUCCACCCGCCAGCCCACCUGCAGGCCAAGAUAAAGGCUGGCCAACACCAGGUCAACCAGGCUGCUGCCGCAGCAGCCAUGGGGCUCUCACCUGUUUUACCUCCAUUACCAAAGAGACCCACACUUGAAAAAGCCAACUCUGCCACUGCCAUGUUCAACGCCUCCAACAUGUUCCAGUACCAACAGGCCCUGGCCAACAUGCAGUUUCAGCAGCAGUUUAUCCCAUCAGGCUCGAUAUUGUGCAUGACACCUGCAACAAGUGUUGAGUGGGACUGGACUGGAUUGGGACAGACUGUGGGUUGCAGACAGGUACCCAUGAUGCACGGUGCUACGCCCGCCACUGUGUCUGCAGCCAACUCCUCUGCCACAAGUGUUCCCUUUGCAACCGCAACAGCCAAUCAGAUUCCAAUAAUAUCUACAGAUCAUCUUACGAGUCACAAGUAUGUAACUCAGAUGUAGAAGUCUCUACGAGAACAAUGAAACUGGAGUGUGUUGGUGUUCCAUCCGCCCCAGACAACAGUUCACCCUUCAUGCCUGUAACCACAGAAAUAGAAUAUUUAGAAUAGAUUCUAUGUCUAUGCCUGUAAGAAUAGACAUAGAAUCUUUAGAAUAGAUUCUAUGUCUAUGCCUGUAACAUCCAGAACACCAGGAGACUCCAACCGCCUGUAAACUGUAGUGGUUCUGACAUGCAUGCUACUCAAAGAGAUCUAGUUUGUCAUAAGGUGGUGAACAUGUGUAUUCUACACACACCAUACAGACAACAGCACCUCCUACACAGAGAGGAACUAUGUCAUCUACAGAACAUUACAGCCCGUCUUUAUAUCUGUGGAGGCGUCAUCCAUUAAAACACCGGACACACUUUGAAUGUCAACAUGAGGAGAUAGUCACACCCACUAGUUUGGUAUGGCAGCAGACCAAGACUCUCUUUUAUGUUAUUUUCAGUUGGUUUUUCUUUAAUUUAUAUGAUUUUUUCAUGGUUUACACAAAACAAAGUUGCACCUUGUAUUUUAAACAAGAAGGGGAAAUGACGAGGAAUAGUAACUAAUUGCCAUAUUAGAUUGAAAGAAUUGUGCAUGGCUUGUUUGUAGAUGAUCUGGUUCUUUACCAGACCAACUUGGUUGAAAUGGGUUAGUGGGCUUGGUGCCAUAAGGACAGCUGAAUGUUGUUGGUUUAGUACACCUUUGUGUUUUAAAACCCAUCCCAGCUUUACUAGAUAUGUUGCAAGCUCCACUUAAAGUGCCAUAGACUAUGUACGUAUAUCCCAAAAACAUUGAGUUUUAUUCGGUCAUUAUAGCCAUGUUACAGUGUUAACCUGGGGAACGCCUUCAAAGUCUCUAAUGUCUCUCGUGUCCUUGUUCCGUGGAUGUUUGUCUACAGUUUGACGUCAUUAACAGAUGAACCAUUCAUGGUCUUUGCCUCUUGGGUACGCAGUUACCCACCUUAGGUUGUUUGGGUUACCUCUGGUCUUCUGUUGUUCUUCUUUUCAUUUGCCUUGACCUUAGAUUCCACGGUGUGAGUCAGACAGAGAAGGGGUAUUGGUUCUGUUAGGACCCAGUCCUCUCUAGGUAUAAAGUAUAAUGACUAGUUGGUUCUGUUAGGACCCAGUCCUCUCUGGGUAUAAAGUCUAUAGACUCUAGUUGGUUCUGUUAGGACCCUGUCCUCUCUGGGUAUAAAGUCUAUAGACUCUAGUUGGUUCUGUUAGGACCCAGUCCUCUCUGGGUAUAAAGUCUAUAGACUCUAGUUGGUUCUGUUAGGACCCUGUCCUCUCUGGGUAUAAAGUCUAUAGACUCUAGUUGGUUCUGUUAGGACCCAGUCCUCUCUGGGUAUAAAGUCUAUAGACUCUAGUUGGUUCUGUUAGGACCCACUCUAGUUGGUUCUGUUAGGACCUGGUCCUCUCUGUCUCUGGGUAUAAAGUCUAUAGACUCUAGUUGGUUCUGUUAGGACCCUGUCCUCUCUGGGUAUAAAGUCUAUAGACUCUAGUUGAUUCUGUUAGGACCCAGUCCUCUCUGGGUAUAAAGACUAUAGACUCUAGUUGGUUCUGUUAGGACCCUGUCCUCUCUGUCUCUGAGUAUAAAGUCUAUAGACUCUAGCUGGUUCUGUUAGGACCCAGUCCUCUCUGGGUAUAAAGUAUAAUGACUAGUUGGUUCUGUUAGGACCCUGUCCUCUCUGUCUCUGGGUAUAAAGUCUAUAGACUCUAGUUGGUUCUGUUAGGACCCAGUCCUCUCUGGGUAUGAAGUCUAUAGACUCUAGUUGGUUCUGUUAGGACCCAGUCCUCUCUGGGUAUAAAGUCUAUAGACUCUAGUUGGUUCUGUUAGAACCCAGUCCUCUCUGGGUAUAAAGUCUAUAGACUCUAGUUGGUUCUGUUAGGCCCUGGUCCUCUCUGUCUCUGGGUAUAAAGUCUAUAGACUCUAGUUGGUUCUGUUAGGCCCUGGUCCUCUCUGUCUCUUGGUAUAAAGUCUAUAGACUCUAGUUGGUUCUGUUAGGACCCAGUCCUCUCUGGGUAUAAAGUAUAUAAACUCUAGUUGGUUCUGUUAGGACCCAGUCCUCUCUUUCUCUGGGUAUAACGACUAUAGACUCUAGUUGGUUCUGUUAGGACCCAGUCCUCUCUGUCUCUGGGUGUAAAGUCCAUAGACUCUAGUUGGUUCUGUGAGGACCCAGUCCUCUUUGCAUCUGAGUAUAAAGUCUAUAGAUUCUACUUGCUUCUGUCAGGAGCCAGUCCUUUCUAUCUUUGGGUAUAAAGUCUAUAGACUCUAGUUGGUUCUGUUAGGACCUGGUCCUCUCUGUCUCUGGGUAUAAAGUCUAUAGACUCUAGUUGGUUCUGUUAGGCCCUGGUCCUCUCUGUCUCUGGGUAUAAAGUCUAUAGACUCUAGUUGGUUCUGUUAGGACCCAGUCCUCUCUUUCUCUGGGUAUAACGACUAUAGACUCUAGUUGGUUCUGUUAGGACAUGGUCCUCUCUGUCUCUGCGUAUAAAGUCUAUAGACUGUAAAGGCUUAAUGCAUGGGGCUUUGGCCCUGGACCCAAUAUUAUGCCAAAAGUCUCACUUGUGAUGAAGAAGGGGUGGAGACUGUUAAAAAGGAAGGAUAGAAUGAAGAACUACUGAAAGUUGCGUGAUAAACCAAACCGCUGAGUGGAGUGAGGAGCACUUUCCAAGAGUUACAGGGUGGCUUAUGGUUGAGUUGUUCUAACAUGGUGUGGUUUUCAUUUUAUUAUAAUUCAUUUAAUGAUUUUUUAAAAAUGGUAUGUUUUAUUAAGUGCAGUUUAUAUGGUCUAUGAUAUGUGAGAGAACUUGUGAAAACACAUUAUGUGUGGAUGCUUUUGGAUAGAUACAGUCAAAUGUUUUUGGGGUAUUUUUCUUCUGUGUUCUGUGUUGACAUAUGUGGGUGCACUAGUGGAGCUCUGUUCAGAAAAUGUGUGGGGCCAAAAUCACAGAUGACGUUGUGUAUGGACAAGAGGGGGGUGAGUGUAAAUUUGUGUAUGGAAGCGUGGGGGAGUGUAGAUUGUUUUUUUUGGUUUAAACCCUCAUGCUUCUGCAUGCAUUGUAUGAAAAGACAUGGUAUGGAAGAGCUUGACCUGAUUGUAUUACUCAUCCAAAGCCUUAGAAAACACCACGAGGUCGGCACAAUGCAACAAGCCAUUUCAAAUCGUCCUCUUGCCUAACCCUUGCUGUUGUGUCGCCACACAAAGCUUUCGUGGUAUAUAUGAUUGUUGUCUUUCACUCUAAACAUGUAUUUCUUGUUGAGUUUGUUUUUUUCAAGAAGAUGAAUGUCUUAUUUCAUUUUGUUUAAUGCACGGAUUACAUUUUUGAUGUUUAGUUAAAGGAGUUUUGUCUAACUAGAUGUUACCAGUAACUUUUGUAGGAUUCUGAAUAGUAGGUAAUAUGUGUGUGUUCAUACCAUAUUUUAGUUCUCUGAAAUGACCCGUAAUGUUGAUUUGAAUAUUUACUGUAGUGUUAUGAUUGUAAACUGAAUGAUAUUUUUAUUUUCUGUGAACUCUAAGAAUUAUUUUAAUUUCUUGUCUGUUUGAGUUCCUUGAAACAAAGAUAUUUUGUGUGGGUAUCUGAGGAAAUACUAGGAGAGUGAGGCUUGCUGUGACAACGCUCACUGACAGUGGAGUAUUAUUUGAAUGCUCAUCUGGUUUGUAACUAGUCUUAUAAGGAAACAAAUAUUAUUAAAAAAAUCUCAUUCUUCGAUGUGUAGGUUUAAAAAAAAAAAAACAUUUUCUACUGUAUUCUCUUCAAAUAGUAACUAUUGUUUGAAUAUUUGUAAUCUCCCUGGAUGUCAGGCCAUGUUGAAAAUAUAGCUGCAUAUUUGAUCACUCUUAGUUGCAGUUGAGGUCAGGGGUCGGAGGCAGGUCGAGCAUGGAGUACGCACACUGAUCUCUUUACUUAGCCACAAACAAACAAGGGGAAACCUACAGGGCUGUGGAAAAUAUAGCUGCAUAUUUGAUCACUCUUAGGGGGCGUUGCAGUUGAGGUCAGGGGUCGGAGGCAGGUCGAGCAUGGAGUACGCACACUGAUCUCUUUACUUAGCUACAAACAAACAAGGGGAAACCUACAGGGCUGUGGAAAAUAUAGCUGCAUAUUUGAUCACUCUUAGGGGGCGUUGCAGUUGAGGUCAGGGGUCGGAGGCAGGUCGAGCAUGGAGUACGCACACUGAUCUCUUUACUUAGCCACAAACAAACAAGGGGAAACCUACAGGGCUGUGGAAAAUAUAGCUGCAUAUUUGAUCACUCUUAGGGGGCGUUGCAGUUGAGGUCAGGGGUCGGAGGCAGGUCGAGCAUGG